AUGGAUGAUAAUACUAAUGCUUCCUUGGCUUUGGCUUUGGCAUCGAUUACAAACCUUCCUGCACUGAAUGUACCUGCAUAUUACAAUACUACUUCUCCAACUGUCGGAGUACGGAAAUGUUAUAGUUGUUCAUCGGAAAAUAUUCUUAAACGCUGGCCACAAGAUGGUUCAAAUCAUAUACACUACUUGCGGCAAUUGCCUUAUUUUGCAAAUGAAUCGUGCGACAGAGUCAAGAAGUCACUGCCAGUAGUAUCAUGUCACAAAAGUGUGUGUGUCAAGCUCGUCAUUCUCAAUCCACCUUUUGGUCAUCAAAUUUGUGAGCACAAUCCAACAAUAGUUCGUGAUUGUUGGAGCCGAGCGAUGUGGAUGGAUAUGGAUAGGAGUAUAUUCAGGAGAAUAAUUCAGGAUGGCAGUACAAAGAUUCAGUUGAUGGAUACCAAAGUAGAGCAUGCAGAAGGCAUUUUGUAUGCUUGCAACGGAUAUCUUUGUAAUGGCGGUACCACAAAACUUCACGUUCCGUUUGAUGUCACAAUCACCGUCACCUUCAUAUUAUUUCUUCCGUUUAUAGCAAUGUGUAUGUAA